UUUCAUCUUGCCACUUGUUGAGCUCGAAGAGUUUUCUUCUUCUCCGGCCAUGUUCUCUUAAUAAUGCACACACUUGGUUGGUUGAUUACUUUUCCCGUUUCUUUUAUUGUCCGCAACACCGGAGGGAAAAAUAUACAUCCAUUUUUGGCAGUUCGCGCUUCACAACAACAAGGAACAGGAAGUGAAGUCAUCUAUGAUCACCAAAAUAAAAUCAUUUCCAAAAUAAAAUGACAAUCAGAAAACGUCUUUUACAACACAAGAUAAAUUAAUAUAUUUGCUCAUGAGAACACAAAUCUAACACCACUCAAACCAGAAUCCCUGGUUUUGCACAUCAACAUCACAGAUUUUUACAAUUAAAGUUUAUAACAGAGACAUGUUAAAUGUUAAGCACUGAAAACAGCUUGGUUGUUGUUGUUUGGAACCUCAUUUAAUGCUUGUUGUUUUGCUGCCAUGGUGAUGCCUCCAGGGGAAAACUAGUACACUCUGCAGUCUUUGAUGCUAAAAUGACAUCACAGCAUUUAAACAUCUUUUGAAUGAAAACAUCAGCAUAUGAAAACAAAACUGCAGAGACACUGCAACUGCAUGAAAGCAGAGGACUAUUUAGUGAAAUUUCUACGUUUCCCUGAGGAUUUACUGCUCUGUAAUUUACCAAGAACUAAAACAAAAUGAGUGGAAGAGGAGAUGGAUCAUACAAUAACCGUAAUGGCCAACAGGUUAACCCAGAAAAUCUUCCAAGUGGAGAUCAGGAACCAGCUUAUGAACCUCAUGGUGGACGCCUUGGCUUACUGAACAGUCUUUUUCUUGCUCUCUAUAAUACUUUUUGGAGGAUGAAUGAAAUAUUAGAUGUAUUAUAUGCAUCAGAUGAUGACCUUGGCAUUGACUUUGACAAUGUCAAUGACGGCAAUGUCAACAAUGUAAACAUUCCCAAUAUUAAUGUAAGGGACAAUAAUGCCAAUGAACUGCAUGAUGAUCAAAAUGCUGUUAUUGUUGGCAUUGAAAAUGAGGAUUCUGAUGAGGCAUUUGAAGACUGUGAGGAUGUUCACCAGUACAUCCCAGAAGAGGACCCUCAGCCAGGUGUAUCCAGGAGGAGGUCUAGAGAGAUGGAUGAAGAAGAUGUGGAACCAAGCAAAGAAUCAGAUGGAGCGAGGAGUUUUCUGAUGACGACUCUGACUUCAUCUCUGCUUGUGACACUGAUAGCGAGGGCUGUCCUCAUGUUGGUAAUAUUGCUGAUGAGGACAUCAAAGAACCGCUGCCUGGUGGAUCCACAAAAAGAUCCAGAGAGGAAGAUGUAGAUGAAGAAGAGCAUAAUGGCAAAAAAUCCAGGCUUUCAAACAGUAGUGAUGAACUUUUUGAAGAUGCACUUGAAGAGCUUGACAACCAUGAAGCUGGAGGCUCGAGGAAGCGGUCCAGAGACGAUUUUGAGGAAGAAGAGGAAUACGUGCGUGUUUGCAAAUUUCGGAGGAGUUCAAAUGAGUCCACCAGCACCAGUGAUGACAACUAACACUAUUUCGACGGGAUUUUUCAGUAUCCUUUUAGUAGGCUGAUGGCCUACUCAGCUGACUCUGAAUCCUCCUCCUAUUGUUAUGCUGCAAUAAGCUGGGCAUACACUGUGCGAUUUUUUUUCAGUUGCGUUAUUCAGCUACUGCUCAAACUGCACGAUUGACUCGCAGGGGUUCAUAGGUCACGAUGCAGGGUCUCACGCUAUACGGCCCGAUG